AUGUCGCGAGCACCUGCCUUUUCGUUCCGUGGCGGAAGGGGGGUUCUCUCCGACGCCGUAAGCGGUCGAUUCCUCUCGCAUCGUCAAGCCGUCGUAGAAUCAGCUGUGCGCACCAUCUCGCCGGCGACAGCCGUGCAGGGGGGCGAGAGGCACAGCCCUGCCGGUGCACGUCUGCAGCGAGCCGGGCAGCUGCAGUUUGCGGGAUUCGAGAGGGGGGGGUGUGUACGCCAGACUCGAGUAUGUUAUUACAGAGUCCUUGUUGCGAACUGUCCGCGCGCGGGGCCUGCAGCUGCCGACAGGUCUCUAAGUCGGUCUGCUGACGCAUGGACGAGGACGGCAUGCCGGCAACGGGUAUAUAGAAGGUGUUUCACUACCCGCUGCUCCGGAAGCCGUACUGGGGAGCGGUUUUUCAGCGUUUCAGCAGGCCGUUCUGAACCAGCGGCCGCUCCUUCGUCUUCGGUGCUGGUAGAUGGAGCGGCGUUUGCAGCAUCAGCCCCUCCGAGGGAGAGGACUCGAAAAGGAGAAGACGCCAGCGAGCAAGGCGCGAGCGGCUCGAGGAGCCCAUCGUCGAAUCAGACAACACCGGCCGAAGGCGACCCUAGCGGUCAGGUAGAAUUGCUUGAAGCGAGGCGCAAAGAAGUAGUCGCGAACCUGCCGGCAUACAUCCGCCUGGUGGAGGCCGGUCCGCACCAGGUGUUCAUUUACCCAGUCAUCCACGGCAACUCUUUGCCCACCUCUCCUUUCUCGCGAAGAGGCGGCUGCGGAAGCAGCACUGAGGUUUCCCAGCUCAUUCGGGUCAUGCGCCCAGAUUUCGUGUUUUUUUCUGCGGAUCCGGAGACAAACCGUUCGGCGGGCGCCAGCGGCAGCCAGUUUCAUGAACCGCCUUUCGCCUUAGCCGUUCUACCACGCGUGUACGGAGGCUUCCUCCCUUUUUCUGACAUCAGAGAGCCGCUGAUGACUGCAGAGAGCGCCGACGCAAGUGUAGGAUUCCUAGAUCGCUCUCGAGCAGCAACGCGGAACCGUCUCCAUCAGCAAUUGCUGCAAAAUACGCAGUACUGCCGCACGUACCUAGACUACGCUGCAGCGUGCAAAGCUCUCAAGCAUGAUCGGACAGUCAAGUCCACCGAAGGCGAGAAGAUGCUGAAGAAGAUUUCCGGUCUAUCACAUCAACUCAUGUACAACUUCCCUGGCGGCUUCGAGACGCUGGUAGUCGAGCGCGCCCGGUACAUGGCAGGGCGGUUGGCAGAGUGCCUCUUUCAUGGAGUGUCAGAGAACUCCAGAUCACUCGCAGCGCCACGGGAGCCCUGUAGCUCAAGUGAGGGUACAUUUCCGCGCAGAGUUGUGAGCCUCGUCGUCUGCGAUAGUGUAUUAGCUGAGCGUCUCGGCCACGCUGUCAAGAGAAUUAUGGGUGAUUCUGAUUUUAUUAAGCAGUACACAACGAAGCACGCUGUGUGCCGCGCCUCACCUGGCGAUGACCUGUCGAGCCUCCCGAGCCAGGCCACUGACUCGUACAAAAACCCUCACGCGCGUCUGGCCGCGGCUCCGCCUUCUCAAGUGCCCUUACUUUUCUUCCAGAUUUUCUUGCUUCCAUCUCUUCUGGCCGUGCUUCUUAUGUGGCAAGUCCAGUUGCUUCUCGGCAUGAGUUUCACGUCUCGAGCGAGUGGCGACUUACCCAUCUUGAACGCUGCUAGCGAACCGGUGGAGCUCGAUCUGGGUGGCGAGGGGCAGGACACAAGUCGUGCCUGGCGGAGGACAGCCGGGGGUCUGAGUGGUCGGGAAGGAUCGGGAGAGAGGCAAGACAACAGAGGCGACAGAGGGAAAAGCAGAAUCAGGGACUUCCUCCACUCUUGGUGCGAGCGCCUCUUGCCGUGCAAUUUAUCGUCCGCUGUAUCAUCUGGCCCUUUGAAGAAAUAUACAGACCGCGAUUCGUGA